AUGGCCGCCUACGCCACCACCGCGCCCGGCCUCGACGACCCGUCGCCCGUCGUCGAACGAUCGCUCCCUCGGCAUCACACGUCGUCACAGCCAGCCCACGGCGAAGCCCAGUUCUACUCGACCACGACUGCUCCCGUCAGGGACCGCGACCACGAGCGCGCCGCCCCAGCCGACCCGCGCUCGAGCAAGGGCUCGACCCCAUCGUCGCCCGGAUCGAGUGGCAGCGUCCUCGACCGGGGCAGGCCUCAAGCCCCGCACCAGUCGCGCCAGCAGCAGCAGCAGCGCCCGUCGAGCUUCUUUGGCGUCGAGGCCGAGGCGGGUCAGCACGACGCGCUCGCUCAGGGCGGAGCUCUCGGCGCUCCUCCCUUGGCGCCGGCGGUGCAAGGCGCGGCCGCCAGGGGCAGGGCUGUCGACGGCGGGCAAGGCGCACCUGUCGGGCCGACCAACAGCUCUUUCCGCGUCGACACGGCCAUCCCCCGCGAGCAGCAGGGCGUCGACGGCCUCGCGACGGCAACCAACCCGCAGCCCUUGAGCCAAGCCGACGGUCACGCCGCUCGCCGCUCGUCCUUCUACGGCCUCGAUGCCGCCCGACCGUCGCCUGUACCUGCCGGCGUCGUCGCCGCCAACGCGUCGCGCGAGGGCAGCUCGCCCGGGCGGGACACGCCCUCGACGACCUCGCACCACAACCCGUCGUCCGGCUCCGGGUCGGGCUCGUACUCGUCGGACGUGCACCCGCACCCGCGCAUGCGCUACUCGAACGCGCCCUACGCGACCAGUCGCUCGGCGUCCCUGUACGGCGCCGGCUCGGGCGAGGGCGGCGAGGGUGGGUCGGUCCCGCCGCCGCCGGCCCAGCUCCUCGACCAGAGCCACCUCCGUGUCGGCAGCAUGGCGUCGCUCCUGUCGCACGACAAGACGCUCGAGCUGUACCGCCAGAACGCCAAGAAGACGAACGACCCCGACAUCCAGUACGAGUUCGCGACCUUCACGAUGGACGUCGUCGCCGACCUCGAGCAGUCGACGCUCAUGGCGCGCGCCGCUCGAGGCGAGGACGCGCCGCCGUUGCCGCAGGAGGCCGAGGCGCGCCAAAAGCAGCAGGCGCUCGUCGCCGAGAGCAUCGCGCUCCUGAACCGCCUCGCGACCAGGGGCCACGUCCCGAGCUGCUACUUCCUCGCCGACUGCUACACCCAGGGCAUCGGCACGAGCAAGGGCAAGCGCGACUACGACAAGGCGUUCCCGCUCUUCCACACGGCGGGCAAGCACGGUCAUGCCGCCGGCUCGUUCCGCACGGCGCAGUGCCUCGAGCACGGCUGGGGCACGCGCAAGGACUGGAGCAAGGCCGUCUCGUUCUACCGCCGCGCAGCCGUCCUGUCGCACACGGGCGCCAUGCACCGCCUCGGGCUCGCCGAGCUCAACGGCGAGCUCGGCCUCUCGAAGCGCGCCAAGGACGGCGUUCAGUGGCUCACGCGCGCCGCCGAGCUCGCCGACCAGGUCGACCCGCCGCAGCCGCAGAGCCUUCACGAGCUCGCUGUCCUUCAUGAGCAAGGCAUCGACAACGUCGUCUUCCAGGACGAGGACUACGCGGCCGAGCUUCUCGCACGUGCAGCCGAGUUGCAGUACGCGCCGUCGGCCUACAAGCUCGGCGAGUGCUACGAGUACGGCAAGAUGGGCUACAUCGCCGCUCAGCAGAACCACGCCGCCGCCUGCUUCGCCCUCACGGCCUGGUACCUCGUCGGCUCGCCCGGGAUCCUGCCCCAGUCCGACACCGAGGCGUACCUGUGGGCCAAGAAGGCGGCCGAGCAGGGCCUCGCCAAAGCCGAGUACGCCGUCGGCUACUUCAGCGAGGUCGGCAUCGGCACGUACCGCGACGAGCGCGACGCGCUCGAGUGGUUCCGCCGCGCGGCGUCGCACGGCGACAAGCGCGCCAUGGACCGCCUGCGCCUCGCCGGCCAGCCUCUGCCGCCCGUCGUCGGCCCCGACGCCGCCUCGCAGCCGCAGCGCCGGCCGUCGCCGGUCCACGGCGGCGUCCACGGCGGCGCGAGGCCGGGCCUGCCGUCGACCGAGUCGCACAUGAGCGGCCUGCACCUGCCCGCCAAGACGCGCCGCCUGUCGUCGUCGCGCAUCCUGCUCCGCAAGGAGAACGCGUCGUCGUCGGGCGGCGCGGCCGGCAGCCUCGGCUCGAAGAAGAAGUCGGCGCUCAACCUGUCGGCGAGCGGCGGCGCGUUCGGCGGUGAGCUCCGCACCCGCACGACGAGCGCAGGUGCGCUCCCGGCGGCGGACCGCAAGGCCAAGGGCAAGGAGAAGGCCCUGCCCGACAUGCCGUCGCUGCCGCCGCCGAACGGGCACCCGCACGGCCAGGGCAUGCCGCCCAUGACGCGUCAGCGCAGCUACUCGCAGCCCGAGGCCGUCAUGCAGCCGAUGCGCCCGCUCGACUACAACCUGCGCCCGCUGCCGGCCGGCGCCGGCGCGCCGCAGCCUCUCGCCGUCGGCGGCCCGGGCGCGCACUCGCCGCUCGCGCUCGGCGGCGCGACGAACGCGCUCCAGCCGCCCUACGUCGGCGAGUACGGCGGUCACGAUGCCGGCGUCGGCGUCGGGAGCCCGGCCAGGCGCGCGCCGCCGUCGGCGGGCCAGGUGCGCAUGCCGGCGCGUCAGGGUCCGACCGACUCGCCGCAGCUCGGCAGCGACGAGGUCGAGCGCAAGAAGCAGGAGCGUGACAAGGUGCUGCAGCGGAGGAAGAACGCCGGCGAGGACAAGGACUGCGUCGUCAUGUGAGGGCGGAUCGCGCGGCGUCGUCGUCGUCGACGAGGAGGGGAGAGUCAGACGGACACUGCAUUCGCUUCUCGGGACAGACACUCUUCCGCCUUUCUCGCGCAUCGCUGUAUAGACGGAGCUCGCUGCAUUACCACGUUCCUUGGUCCAGUC